UCUACGAUAUUGUCCAGAUUUUAAAGUCGAGGGUUUUUAAACGGUUACUCCGAUAUUCAUAUAACUGCUAUGUACUUAGUAUGUGUACUGUUUGAAUCCCAAAUAAUAUAGAAAAUAUUAAUUGUAAUAUUUACCUCUAUGCCUUCAACGUUAGAAACACAAAUUAUUGAUAAUAUAAUACAGUAAUCGUUUAUUUAAGUAAUUUUUGAAAUUUAUUAAAUAAUCCCACCAGUUGGAAUUACUCUUACAUGAGAAGGUGAUGUUCCUUUUCAAAUCAGCGGUGGUUGAAGUGUUUUUCCUUCUGUAUUUUUUAUUUUGUGUAUUCGCUUAUGAAGGCGACACAGUUUUAAAAGACUCGGGUGAAAAAAUGUACAAUGUUAUAAAAGUUAAAACGGCAGUAUCACAGCAUGGAGCGUGUUGGCAUGGUGCUUUACGGAAGAUGAAAGGUAGUUGUAAAAAUUUGAAUGAUCGUGAACAUUCCAUUUUGGCUCUUAUGUUAGCCAACUGCUUCCUAGAGGAUUCGGGUCAUAUCACAUAUGAUUGUUAUAUGAAACAAACAGAAGAUGAAAGACGUGAAUGUAUUAGCAGUAUGACAGACAGAGCGUUUACUGUAUAUAAUGAAUUUUAUACACAUGCAACAAACAUUUGUUUCUUCUUGAAUCAUGAGCUGUGGCGUGCUGAAACUGAAAAUACUAUAAAACAGUUAUAUCAAGCUACAUCUGUCAUGAAAGAACAAUUAAUUGAGGCUUCCCAAAUACAAAAUUCAAUGUUAGAAAGUCAAAAGGAAGGACUACGACUUCAAAAUGAACUUUUGGAUCAUGGGAAAGAACUUGGAAGUGUUAUAAAAGAUUCAUCACAAACAGUCAGUGACAUGGUUGUUGAUUUUAAAGAAUCAACUAAAGGUCAGAAAGAAUUACUUUAUCAAAUUUUUUCUUAUCUGCGUACAUUCCAAACUUGGGUUAUCGAUGAAGUUUCAUGGUUCCAGUCCAUUAUUUAUUAUACAGUUAGCUGCAUAUUGUGUGCAUUAUUCAGUUCUUCUAAAAAGACAGCAGAUGCUAGAUUUUUACUAUUCACAAUAUUGAGUUUAAAUGUUGUAAUAGAAAGGAUGUUAGUUCAGUAUUACAAUAAUUUGAAGACUACUGUAAUUGAUAACGAGUUUCAGUUGACUGAAAUUACAUGGAUGUUUCGCAAAGGUGCACUCUGUCUUUGUUUUGUAAUGUUACUGUAUACCUACUGUUUUUACAAAGAUGAACAAAUAGAAAAUUGCAAGACGUUGCAUCGUAUAGAAUGCCAACUAAAUUCUUUAUACGAAGUCAGUCAUCAACCUAUUCGUUAUUCUAAGAGAUUGGCACUUAAGCGAUUGAAAACUAUACAGCAAGAUCUCUAGUAUUUACAUUUAUAUAAAAUGAAAUUAAUACAUAAUCAGUAUCUGCAAAAAUCAAAUAAACAUGCUC